CCAGAAGAUUUAUUGGAACUAAGAACGAAGUUUAUCAAUAUGCCGUAUCCAAUUGAUAUUUUCUUCAUCUAUCACGACAAAAAAAGCUCCUGGGUUGGCGGCGUGGACGGGAAAAAAAAGUACAGGUAUUAUUACCCGUUGAUUAAUCAAGUUUGUGGCACUGAUUUGUUUGGUUACCUGAUGUAUGUUCCAUGCAAUCCACUUGACAUUAUUAAGAGUGAAUACGGCAAGAAUUGGAAAAAACCGAUUCUUAGUAGUCAAUACAUAUGGAACCGUUCACCACAUAAUAUGAAAUCAGCUGGUGUAUACAGUAUAUAUGAGAUGCGCAGCGCUCGUAAGGAUUAUGGCUAA